CACACACACACACACACACAGAAUCCAUUACUGGAAUUGUAGUUAGUGAUUGACUAUGGUCCUAUUUGACAGAGAGAGCUCAGCAGAGGAGGGAGGAGGAAGAGAGGGCCAAAGCCAAGAAGAGACCACACGUAUUCAAGGAGCCCAAAAAGUGUCCUCCCCUGGGUAUGGAGUCUCAUAGGAUAGAAUCAGACCAGCUGCUGGCCUCCUCCAUGUCUCACUACCGCUACAGCCAAGCCAGGGCACGACUCAACAUACAGGCUUCGGAUGAUGAGGAGGACAUGCAUGGUGGGGCAUGGUGUCCUAACCCAGAGGACAAUAUUCACUGGUUUGAGAUGGACGCUCGCAGAGCAACAGAGUUUACUGGGAUCAUAACACAGGGACGAGACUCACGCAACGAGAGUGACUUUGUGACAUCGUACUACGUGCAAUUCAGUAAUGACAGCAGAGAAUGGAAAACCAUCCAUGACGGUUACUCUGACUGGUUGUUUUUUGGUAACUCCGAUAAGGAUACCCCUGUGCUGAAUCAGUUAGCUGAGCCCAUACUAGCACGCUACAUCAGAGUUAUCCCUCAGAGCUGGAAUGGUAGUUGCUGUAUGAGGCUGGAGGUACUAGGCUGCCCACUGCCUGACCCCACCAGUGCCUACCAGAGGCUGCAGAAUGAGGUGACUCCAGUCCAGUACCUGGACUUCAGACAUCACAACUACUCAGACAUGGUCACGAUGAUGAAGUCCGUGUCUGAGGAGUGUCCCAACAUCACCAGUAUGUACAGCCUAGGUCGCAGCUCCAACGGACUGGACAUCCUGGCCAUGGUGAUAUCAGGCAACCCCACAGAACACGAGAUAGGUGAGCCGGAGUUCCGCUACACGGCCGGUCUCCAUGGAAACGAGGCGACGGGGCGGGAGAUGGUUCUUCUUCUGUUGCAGUACCUGUGUAAGGAGUACAAUGAUGGCAACCCUAGAGUGCGCCGCCUGGUGGAGGGAAUACGUAUCCACCUGGUGCCCUCACUCAACCCGGAUGGGCAGGAGAAAGCCCUGACAGUGGGUUCCGAGCUGAGUGGUUGGACAACAGGCCACUGGACGGAGGACGGCUAUGACAUCUUCCAGAACUUCCCAGACCUGAACAGUGUUUUGUGGGAGGCCGAGGACAAGGGCAUGGUGCCCAAACUGAUCCCCAAUCACCAUGUCAAGAUCCCUGCAGAUCAAGAGGGGGAUGACAGGAUUGCUGUGGAGACUCGAGCCAUCAUCUUGUGGAUGGAGAGCCACCCAUUCGUACUGGGGGCCAACUUCCAGGGGGGGGAGAGGUUCGUGGCGUACCCAUACGACAAUCACCACCUAACCAAGACCGCCGGCACCAGCACCAGAGAGGGCAAGAGAGAGAGGGCACAGAGUCGCAAGAAGAGACAGUACGAGGAGUUUGACGUGACGGAGUGGGGGAGGGACUACGACCGCGAGGAGCCGGAGGAAGACGAUAGAAACAGGGGAUACCAGCAGCCAGAAGAAGACCAGUGGAACAGGGGAUACCAGGAGCCAGAAGAGGACCAGUGGAACAGGGGAUACCAGCAGCCAGAAGAAGACCAGUGGAACAGGGGAUACCAGCAGCCAGAAGAAGACCAGUGGAACAGGGGAUACCAGCAGCGAGAAGAUCAGUAUAACAGAGGAUACCAGCAGCCGGAGGAGGAGUGGAGGGGACAUGGCUAUGGCCACAGGGAAGAGGAGGAUGACAGAGGGAGAGGGGAGGAUGACAGAGGGAGAGGGGAGGAUGACAGUGGGAGAGGGGGGUACGCAGAGCCUGAGGAUGAACCCAGGGCCACAGCAGACGCCUCAUUUUUCAGGUGGUUGGCCAUCUCUUAUGCCUCUACUCACCUGUCGAUGACAUACACUUCCCACGGCUCCUGUCACGGCAAUGACAUCACUGGAGGCGUUGGAAUCGUCAAUCGCGCCAAGUGGCAGCCCGUCACAGGAAGUAUGAAUGACUUCAGCUACCUGCACACUAACUGUCUGGAGCUGUCAGUGUUCCUUGGCUGUGAUAAGUUCCCCCAUCAGAGUGAGCUGGUCAUUGAGUGGGAGAAGAACAGAGAGGCCAUGCUCACCUUCAUGGAGCAGGUGCAGCGUGGGAUCAGGGGUGUAGUAAAAGACAAUGAGGGGAACCCCAUCGCUAAUGCUACAGUUUCUGUAGAGGGGGUCAACCAUGAUGUCUCUACAGCUGUAACAGGGGACUACUGGCGCUUGUUGAACCCAGGUGAGUACCGUGUGACGGUGCGGGCAGAAGGCUUCGCCCCCCUGACCAAGCUGUGUGUGGUGGGCUACGAGGCAGGGGCAACUACCUGCAGCUUUAACCUGGCCAAGUCCAACUGGGACCGCAUCAAACAAAUCAUGGCCCUGCACGGCAACAAGCCCAUACGCCUGCUCAGCCACGGCAACGGCGGAACAAGACAGAACACGGUCUCCAAUGGCAACAGGCAUCCCGACAGGGUCUCCGCCAUAGAUCCUAAUGUGCGUCGCAAGCAAAUGCAAAAGCUAGAGCUCGACCGCCGUCGUCGUCUACGGCAACAGAGACUGAUGAGAUCGACAACAACGUUGCCCCCGACGACCACGCCAGUUCCCACGACAAUAGAGGCGGAGCCCACCACUGCUUGGUACGACUCGUGGUUCAUAGGAGAGGGGCAAACGUCGGCACCGGAAAAUUUCACGGACUCCAUCUUGGAUUACAAAUACGAGUACAAGAUUGACGAUUACUAAACUAAACACCAAGGCCUUGCUCAAAUACAGGUAUUUGAACAGGAACAAUGUCAUAGUCCUGAGCCCAGGCUGUUAACUCAAUUCUUAGAGUAGACAACUAAGUGACCCCUUAAAGGGAUAUUUGGCAAUGAUGCCCUGUAUCUACUUCCCCAGAGUCAGAGGAACUCGUAGAUACCAUUUUUAUGUCUCUGUGUCAAGUAUGAAGGAAGUUCGAGUUAGUUUUGCAAGCCAAUGCUAACUAGCAUUAACACAAUGACUAGAAAGAUGCUAGCAGAUACCCAUAGACUAGUUAGCAAUUUCGCUAGCGCUAGUUAAGAACUUCCUUCAAACUGCACACAGAUACAUAAAAAUGGUAUCCACGAGUUCAUCUGACUCUGGGGAAGUAGAUACAUCCCAAAGUAUCCCUUUAAAGAACUGACAGGUUCUUGAAACUCCAAUAACUCUGGAAGCCCCCCAGCCAUCCAUUCUUUCAGAUCAACAAAGGGGCCACAAGAAGUGUUUAGGUAUAUCUGCAAAAACUGAUCAAAGGAACAAUGCAGUGUUGAAUGCAAAAACAGUCAGGCACACAAGCUAAUGCCAGUGGUCUGUAUAACUGCUCGAGUAGGUAUUUUGAUACAACGUUAACACACACAAAAAUGUCAGUUUCGAGUAGAAAAAUAGAACCACUGAUAUCUGGAAAACACAUUUUAUACCAAUUCAAUAUGAAAGGUUGUUGCAAAGGCUUUCCUGGAGAAUGUACUUCAGAGAUCAUGUAGAUCUGGUGGUGGUAGAUUACGCACUUGUUUUACUAUCACCUCCCACCCUUGAAGUGUCAAAACAAAGAAUCAAAGUUUCUAUUUUUCUUAUAAAUUGUGGAUUAAUGUACAUUAUUUUUACACAUUGACAGCAAAGUCAUAAUAUCGACAUACAGUAACUUGACAAAAAUGUUUGUUGAAUAGUAAGAGAGAAAUCAAAAGAGAUUUCCUUAAAUGUUCCUCAUAAUUUAGCUGAGGUAGAGGAAAGACAUUUUUUUCAAUUAAUAAAGGCUUGUUUACAUACA